AUGACAGGCGUCAUGGAAGCUCUCAAGCACAAGCCGAGUGUGGCUCCUAUUCCGAGCGUGGUACCAGGUAAUACACCUAUCUACCAGGAAGCUGGUGAUGUUGGCAACCGCACUCUCUGGGUCGUCUUCGUCAUUAUGCUCAUCUCCUCCAUUGCAUUCUACGCCAUGGCCUUCCGUGUCCCAGUCCAAAAACGCCUGUUCCACAUCUUGACUGCCUUCAUCACUACCUUCGCUACCAUCUCCUACUUCGCCAUGGCCGUUCACGAUGGUGUUGGCAAGAAUGAGAUUACUAUCAAGCACACCCAGAAGCACUUCCCCGACACCUUCCAGACCGUCUACCGCGAGGUCUACUGGGCCCGCUACAUCGAUUGGAGCGUCACCACCCCACUUCUGCUCUUGGAUCUUUGCUUGCUCGCUGGACUGGGCGGUGCCAACAUCUUAGUUGCCAUUGUCGCUGAUGUGAUCAUGAUCUUGACCGGUCUCUUCGCUGCCUUCACUGUCGAGGAGGGCCCCAAAUGGGGAUGGUACGCCAUGGCUUGCAUUGCCUACUUGGUCGUUGUCUACCAGCUCGCCUUCAAUGGUCGUGGUGUGGUUCAGAACAAGGACAAGAAGACUGCUACUUUCUUCAGCGCCAUUGCCGGAUUCACCCUGGUCCUCUGGACCAUCUACCCAAUCAUCUGGGGUGUUGCUGAUGGAUCUCGCAACGUCAGCGUUGACUCCGAGAUCAUUGCUUACGCUGUCCUCGACAUUCUUGCCAAGCCCGUUUUCGGAUUCUGGCUCCUCUUCACCCACGACUCCAUGUCCGGUACCGCUACCUUAGAAGGUUUCUGGUCAAAGGGCAUGUCCACGGAUGGCGCCAUCCGCGUCGGUGACGAUGAUGAGGGUGCGUAA